AUGUCAGAAUUAGUUCGCCAGGCCACUCGCUUACCACGCGUGCUCGUUAUACGCAAUGUUAAGCUUACGGCGGAGUCAUUCAAGUUGUCGGGAACAACCGGGGACGUGAAAAAAGGGACUCUCCGUGGCGGCGCUGUUGUAGCACUGAAGAGGCUACGAGUCACCGCGGCACAGAAGGAACAAGCCGUCUUCUAUACCAAAUUACGAGACGCGAUCGUUAUCUGGCGCCAAUUGCAGCAUCCGAAUGUUCUCUCCUUGCAGGGGCUAUACGGUCCUGGAGUGUGUACCAAUGGGAUCAUGAAGAUUGGCGAGGUGGCGUCAGGAACUUCUUUAUAUCUCGUUUCGCCUUGGAUGCCUAAUGGAAACGUCGUUGGUUAUCUUGAAACGCACGGACCCGACGCAAAUAAGCUCUUAAAGCUGUCCAGCGAUAUCGCGAAUGGGCUUUCGUACAUCCAUGAGUUCGGCCUGAUCCAUGGGGACAUGAGAGCGGUCAACGUUCUCGUAGACUCUCAGGGUAAUCCAAAGAUCACCGACUAUGGGAUACUACCUAUUUAUAACGAGAGUCAAGUCGUCGUCGAGAGUCCCGGAAGUAUGGUAAUCACACGCUACGCUGCACCCGAGCUAUUCGGACUUGAGACGCGACUGGAUUUACCAGCGCGACAAGCGGCAGAUGUUUUCGCAUUUGGGUGCGUUUGCUUCGAGAUGUACACUCUCAAACUACCUUUUCCUGACGUUGAGAAGGAUACAGCCGUACCAUCGUUGGUUAUCAAGGGCAAGCGACAUACUUUGCCAACUGCUAGAGACUGCCCCUUCGGUCAGCCGCCUCCUGAAAUGUCGAGAAUCAUGGAACAGUGCUGGGCAGAGAAGAGCGAUGCACGCCCUAGUGCUCGUGAUAUAGUAAAUCGUGACCCGUCGCUCAUACAAACAGAGCGCGUCGGAGACCACAUCGAGUUCGAGACUGAUGAUGCCGAGGCGCUCGCGCUCGUUCAAGCAGUCGCUGGCGAUGGGUCGUCUGGUGCUUAG